CUGUUUCUAGACAUAUCGACGAUAUAGGUUAUAAAACAGUUGCAGAAACUGGAAAAUUAAGUGAUAGAUAUCACAUCGGUAAAUUUAUUUUGAAAAAUUUCCGGGAGGACCCAGACUUUUUAUUGCAGAUCGAUGGAGCUACAGACGAAAGGGAAUCAUUUGGAGCAAUGUUGGAAAAGUCAGUUCGAUGCGCAAAAGCAUUUAGAAAACUGGGCAUAAAGCAGGGCGACGUUAUCGUACUUAUGGCAACCAAUUGUUUAGACCUCACCGCUCCGAUGUACGCAGCUUUCUAUCUUGGUAUCAGUGCAGCUUGCAUUGACAUGACUUUACAAAAAGAGGAAUUGCUCAGCGCAUUUAAUGAUACGAAACCAAAAUUCGUUUUCUGUUUGGGCUCCAAAGCUCCCGCUGUUCAAGAUGCUUUAAACCAAUUAGGCUUAGACGCUGAAAUAGCUACAUUUGGGAAGGAGGCAUCAUAUAACACAUUCCCGGAAUUUCUUGAUAAAUACUCAGACAACGCGAACUUGCAGGAUUUUCAGGCCGAAGAUUUCGACACUAAAGAUACUAUAGCUCUUUUGGUUUCUACUAGUGGUUCUACAGGUUACCCAAAAACGGCAGCUUUAUCUCACAGUAAUCUAAUACAUGGACUGCCUAACUUAUGGGUUAACUUCAGAAACUGCCCAACACCGACACGAUUAGCUCUUAUAAUUUCUCCUGUGCAAUGGCUUUCAGCUCUAGUGCAUUUCGUGCUGAGCCCUAUAUUGAAAUACACCCGCCUGCAGAGCUCCUUGCCGAUAACACAGAAACACGUUUACGAUAUGAUAAAUAAAUAUAGGCCAACGUACUUAAUUUCGAGUCCUACAUUUAUGACAACUCUGUUAAGGCCAGGAGAUCGCGACCAAUGCGAUUUUAGCUCAUUGGAAAAUAUAUUUCUUGGUGGAAGCUUUGUAUCUGAUGAGGUUAAAAUUGAAUUGAAGACUGUUCACCCUAAAGUCAAUGUUUACGUUGGAUACGGGCUAAGUGAAUGUUCAGGAUUGUGCUUUAAUUACGUUCAAGCACUUCCCGGCUCCUGUGGAAUACCUGUUGGACAAUAUCAAUAUAAACUUGUGAAUGCUGAAACACAAAAAGAGAUAAAUGAUGUAAAUGUCAGUGGAGAACUGUGGGUUAAAGGACCAGCUGUAUUCAAGGGUUAUUGGAAUAGGCCAGAAGAUACAGCCCAAGCGUUGACGGAAGAUGGUUGGAUUAAAACUGGCGACAUAUUUUAUAGAGAUGAAAGCUGGAACUUCUACUUUGUGGAUCGCUUGAAAUUAUUAUUGAAGUAUAGAAAUCAUCAGGUUUCUCCGGCAGAACUAGAGACUGUAAUUCGAAAGCAUCCUAAAGUGCUAGAUGUUGCGGUCACUGGCAUUCGGGAUCUGGAAUGUGGAGACCUGCCGGUUGCUUGUGUGAUAACGAAGGAUUCUGGUGUGACAGAGGAUGAAAUAAAGGAUUUGGUUAAAUCAUCACUGGCCGAAACGAAACAACUGCGAGGAGGUGUUAUAUUUAUGAAAGAAUUACCAACAACAGCUACGGGAAAAGUUGACAGGCCAAAGCUUAAGGCAAUGGUGAACAGCCGAUAUUUUCUUGUUAAAAUGAACAAGUACAGAGGAACGAGCGAUGCAAUACAUUGGUACAUUAAUGAAAUUCAAAGCCAAUUAGUGGCUAAAUCUGGUAUUCCAAGUGACCGAUAUCAUCUUGGAAAACUAACUCUAGAAGCAUUCAAAGAUGUACCUGAUAAAGUACUUCAGAUUGAUGGAGCAACGGGAGAAACAGAGACCUUCGGAUCAGCUUUGACAAGAUCUGUGAAAUGCGCAAAUGCAAUGCGGAAACUGGGAGUAAAACAUAACGAUGUUAUAAUACUUAUGGGACCUAAUCACAUUCACCUGACUAUCCCGAUGUAUGCCGCUUUCUAUCUGGGUGCUGGUGUGGCUGGUAUUGAUAUGUACUUGGGAAUAAGUGAACUGAAGUACACAUUCAGCAUAAAUAAGCCUAAAGUGAUAUUCUGUCAAAGCGAAAGGGCGAAUGAUGUAGCAGAUGCCUUAAAAGGUCUGGAUUUUAGCUGUGAGAUUAUAACUUUUAACUCCGGAUCUAAAUUCAAGAGUCUCUCUGAAUUCUUGGAGGUUGAUGGAAUUGGGCCAUCUGAGGACGAAUUUGAGGCUUCCAAUUUUGAUCCAGCCGAAACACCACUAAUGCUAAUAGCAACUAGUGGAACAACAGGCAUGCCCAAAUCAGCUGUUGUCACUCACAAAAAUCUUUUGAUCGGACUGGCAUAUAUGUGGGUAAAUUUCACCUCUUUCCCAACUCCGACUCGUCUUGUAGCAGUGUUUUCUCCAAUACAAUGGUAUUCUGCAUUAUUCAAGUAUGUUUCUACGCCAAUUCUAAGACAAACUCGCCUUCAAUCCUCAUUGCCAUUGACUCAAGAGCAUGCAUAUUAUCUAAUUAAUAAAUAUAGGCCAUCGUAUGCUAUGUUAAGUCCAAAUAUGUGGAUAAUAAUAUUUAACCCCGAUGACCGUGAAAAAUGUGACCUUACUUGCUUUGAAGUUCUAAUAGCUGGUGGCAGUCCUUUACAAGAGGGACUUAGAAAAGAAAUCAAGAAAGCAACACCCGAGACUUUAAUACUGAAUGUAUACGGUAUGAGCGAAAUAGCUGGAUUAGCAAUGGUAUAUGAUGUUACCGUCCCGAAUUCCUUGGGUAGACCGAUCCCAAGUUUGAGACAUAAGUUAGUAAACCCCGAAACGCUUGAGGAGAUAACAAAACCUCAUGUGACUGGUGAACUUUGGGUUAAGGGACCAAGUAUUUUUAAGGGUUACUACAAUAAUCCAGAAGUGACGUCACAAACUCUUACUGAGGACGGUUGGCUUCGAACUGGAGACACAAUGUACAGAGACGAAAAUUGGUACUUCUAUUUUGUGGAUAGACUAAAACUGUUACUCAAAUAUAAAAAUCAUCAGAUUUCUCCAGUAGAAAUAGAAGCCGUGAUAAGCAAACAUCCAGGUGUCUUUGAUGUCGCUGUAACGGCGAUACGCAACACAAAUGAAGGAGACCUGCCAGUUGCGUGCGUGGUGCCUCAAAAAGGCUACAACAUUACUGCUCAAGAAAUUAAGGAUUUAGUAAAGAACAAUUUAACAGACUCGAAGCAAUUAAGAGGGGGAGUCAUAUUCGUUAAAAAUCUACCAAUGACGUCAACAUCAAAGAUUGACAGACCCAAACUGGAAAAACUCGCAAUCGAGUCAGUUAGAGAAUACGUUCCUUAUAUUAGAAUUUAUCCUUAUUUGUAUGAAUUAAACAUCUUAGUUUUCAACAUGGUAUUCAAUCUUUCAAAUGAUUCGGUGCUUUGGUUCAUGAACGAUCUGACUUCUCGAAUUGUCGCCGAGUCGGGGAUUGCCAGUGACCGCUACCAUCUUGGUAAAAUUAUAUUGCAGAGUUUGAAAGAAUAUCCAGAUGCUAUUAUGCAGAUUGAUGGAGCCACUGGAGGUUCAGAGACAAAUUGUUCAGCGUUAAACCGAACUGUCAGCUGUGCAAUUUGCUUACGCAAUUUUGGCUUAGAAAUUGGAGACGUGAUUGUGCUCAUGGCACCAAGCAAUUUGGACUUGGCCAUACCAUUCUAUGCUGCUUUAUUUAUUGGAGUCACUGUAGCACCCGUGGACAGGACAUUGAGUGUUAGAGAGUUGAAAGAAACAUUCGCGGUGUCUGAACCGAAAAUAGUAUUCUGCUUAAGUGAGAAAGCAACUGAAGUCCAACUAGCUCUGAAUGAUAUAGAUCUGAACGCUCAAAUCGUAACAUUCGACAGUGGUGAUUAUUUGUGCAGCUUCGACGAGUUUCUUCAGAAAUAUGGAGAUGAUACCCCGAUUGAAAAUUUCAAAGCUACUGACUUCGAUGCAGAGACCACAGGAGCUUUUCUUCUAUCAACGAGUGGCACCACUGGAGUUCCGAAAGCAGCCGAGGCUACUCACAAAAACUUCGCUACUAGUAUCCCAUAUCUUUGGUCCAAGUCUACUACAUUCCCAGGUCCAACCCGUAUGGCGUUAAUCGGUUCCCCAAUUCAAUGGUUGACAGCCGUGAUGCAUUUCAUUGCUUCGCCCAUUCUAAAGUACACUCGACUGCAGUCCUCUUUGCCCUUAACACAGGAACACGCAUAUUAUGUUAUAAACACAUACAAGCCCUCUUUCACCGUAAUGAGUCCCACAUUCAUGACAACACUCAUGAGUCCCGACCAACGUGACCAAUGUGAUUUCACAUGCUUCGAACUCAUUCUGUUGGGUGGAAGUGCCGUACCACCCGAACUCAUUGAAACAAUUAAAAACGUUGCACCAAACACCGAAGUUUUCAAUGCUUACGGAAUGAGCGAACUUUCAGGAUUAGCUUUUCACAGUGACUCUCCUCCGCCUGGAUCAUCUGGAAAACCUAUGGGCUGUUUUCAAUAUCGGAUUGUGGACAUUGAUACACGGGAAAAUAUCGAAGAACCAAAUAUACCGGGCGAACUUUGGCUUAAAGGUCCAGCAAUUUUCAAGGGUUACUAUAAAAACGAAGAAGCGACUGCAGAGACUUUUGAUGAUGGUUGGUUCAAAACUGGCGACAUGUUUUAUAGAGAUGAAAAUUAUAAUUUCUUCUUCUGCGAAAGAAUAAAGUUACUUUUAAAAUAUAAAAGCUAUCAGAUAUCACCAGUUGAAGUGGAAAGCGUCAUACGGCAGCAUCCAGGGGUGCUGGAUGUAGCUGUUACAGGUAUAUCAGAUCCGGAAAGUGGCGACCUGCCCGUAGCUUGUGUGGUCCUUCGAGUCGGUUACGAUGUCAGCGCAGAUGAUAUUAAAGAGUUAGUGAAAGGUACAUUGUCUGAUUCAAAACAAUUAAGGGGUGGCGUAGUAUUUCUGGAUGCAAUACCCAUGACUGCCUCUACGAAAGUCCAUCGAAGAAAACUGAAGGAAAUUGUGAUGGUCGCAGAAAGGCACUGAAAAAGUCUAUUCUUUUUAAUAGCUUCAAACUUUUAACAAGCAUCUGUAGUUACUUUGAAUCUCUUAUUUAUGUGCUAUUAAGAAUACUUGCACAAAACACUUUAAUAUGUUUAAUGCCGCUUACAAUGGGGGUCGUAACUUUUCAAACGCUCGGCAAUUUACUUUGUGCUAAAGAGUUAAGGACGAAUACAUUA